GUUGAAAUUAGUAAAAAGUUGUCUGUAGUUGAAGAGAAAAGCAGUGUCACUUACCCUCCAAUCCAUAGCAGUAUGAAGAAUCCUAAUCAAAUGACUAAUCCUAGUCGUCGUUCCAGUUUGAAUAUAUUUCCACCAGGUUAUUAUGCUUCUUCGAAUUCCACGUCUACUCCAGUGGCCACUUUCACCCCUACUACUUCUAGUACCACUAUUAUAGGUAAUGGUACUUUAACCGGUAAAAAUCUGGAACCUCCAGCAGUACCGGUCACCUCUGCUAAUACUGAUAAAGUAUUAAGUAGCUUAUCGGAGCCAACAGCAGCAAUAACGGCAACAACAACUCAAACUGGUACCACUACAACAGCCUCCUCAGAUCAACCUGUUAGUAUAUCUGGUAGUAAUAACAGUACUGCUAGUAGUGCUACAAAUAACAUGACCAACAUCUCUACACUUUCUACAGUUACUACAUCUGUUAAUGUACAUCAGUCUACUACAACUGUGAAUGAGUGUACAGUCACAACACCCGCAACAAAUAAGCUACCUAAAUACAUAUCUAACCUACCUCCAAUGGGAUCAUUGAAAUCAGCAAAAUUAUUUGUUUCACAAGCACACAGUCUUAUGUUCCAUUAUGAACCGUGUUUGGAGGCAAUUUGUCAACCUGACUUAACUGGUUUCAGCAAUGCUCUACUACCGGAUUUAAUUAUUACACUGGCAAGAAAUUAUAAAUUCAUUACGACAGGUGUUGAUGCAAUAUGCAAGCAUAAUGCUGCUGUUUGUUUAAGAUUUGUCUAUGGCAGUCCUGGUACUGAUUCUCUUAAACGUACAUCUCAACAGCAUGCAUCACAACUUCAGUUACAAAAACAAUCACAACAAAUGGUGAAUAUUUACAAUCAACCAGACUUUGACUAUCAACAGCACAACAAAACUGUUCAAUCAUCAUUCACUAAUGAGAAAAGCGCUUCAUCUGGUUUUGGUGCUGACUCAUCAUUUGUGCAUAAUCAAAACGGUAAAAUGACUGUGAAGCAUUUUCAACAGCCUGGGCUUGAAAAACAGUCGUUAGGUUUUCGAGAUCCCGAUGGAAGACAAAAUGAAAAGUUAACAUCAAAAAUUAAAUUAGAUUAUAGAGGACAUUCCUCUGGAAAUGUUAAAACACGUCAUCUGCUGUCUAAACAACUGAUUGAUGUUCCACCAGUUACACAAAGAUUUCUAUCCUAUUCUGGAACAGAAGAUGGAGUCGGUGGGGAUAAUAUUCCACUAGCUGUAUUCUCUGCUAUAUCAUCUUCAAUUAAUUCCUGCAAUGAAAUCUGUCUACCGAAUCCAAAUAAUGAAUUAAUUCUGCGUACAAGUCAACCUAUUCCUGUUAAUGUUAACUACAAUUGUUUGCAUAAGUCAUUAGCAGCGGCAGCAUAUGAUAAUGAUGAUCAGCAUACUUCAUCGAUCCCGUCAUCAGGACCACCGCCGAUUAUACAACCAUCACAGGAUAUAACUGUUCCAAGUUUUUCACUAAGACAUCUGUAG